GUUCAAGAACGUGAUGAAGAAGCCCUGAAAUAUCUAAGGGAUAUAAAGUGGUGCAGAAUUGAUGAGCCCAAGGGUUUUAAACUUGAAUUUUUCUUUGAUACAAACCCUUUCUUUAAAAAUGCUGUUCUGACAAAAACAUAUCAUAUAGAGAAAGCCAUUGGAACUGAAAUUGAAUGGCUUCCAGGAAAAUGCUUGACCCAAAAGAUUCUUAAAAAGAAACCCAAGAAGGGCUCUAAGAAUGCUAAACCCAUAACAAAAACUGAAGAUUGUGAGAGUUUUUUCAACUUUUUCAAUCCACCACAAGUACCUGAUGAUGAUGCAGAUAUUGAUGAGGAUACAGCUGAGCAAUUGCAAGGUCAGAUGGAAGUAGAUUAUGAUAUUGGGUCCACAAUUAAAGACAAAAUAAUUCCCCAUGCGGUUUCAUGGUUCACGGGAGAUGCUGUCCAAGACGAAGACUUGGAAAUAGAAGACGAAGAGGAUGGGGAUGAUGAUGAGGACGAUGAAGAAGAGGAUGAGGAUGACGAGGAAGAUGAUGAGGACGAGGACGAUGAUGAAGAUGAAAAAAGCAAGUCCAAGAAAAAGUCAACUUCAGGGCACAAGAAGAAUGGAGGAGGGGAGCAAGCUGAACGGCCAGCCGAGUGCAAGCAGCAGUAACAUGUACUCCUACAAGGUGUUCGUUAAUGAAUUCAGUAUCUUGUGGCCUGGAGUUUCCGCGGAUAGGCAGCAGCAUAAUUUUUGAAAAGAAUCAGUCCUUUAUUCUGCUAUAUCGUUGUAUCUGGGUCCCUUUCGGGUAGUUGGUCUUCUAUAGUUAUGGUGUACUUGAAGAUUGUUUGGAGUUUAUCUGUUUUUUCUUCUCCUGCUUGAUUGGACUCCUGUGAUAUCCAUUAGUUGGCUGUAUUAUUUUUGGUUGAGAUUAAAAUUGUGGCUUUAGUUUGACUGCAA